CGAGCAGGCAACAACGAAAGGCCCCGCUCGGCAGGCGACGCCACCGUCGGGCAUGCUUUCGGCCAGCCAGCUGGGAGGGUCGCAGCCCUCGCUGCCGUCGGCGAGCGACCCGGGCUCCGGGGUCCAGGCGCCGGCGGCAGCAGCCCGGGAGUCCAGCGGAGUCCCACCGGCCACGGCUCUGGACCCGGAGCGCUUCAACGAGCAGGCCAUGGCGCUGUUCAGGGCUGCGCUGGACUCCAGCCCUCCCGGGGCCAACGUGCUCUGCUCGCCCCUGGGCAUCGCCACCGCGAUGGCAGCCGCCGACGCGCCCAGCCCAAAACGCGAGGCGAGUCAUCCUUGCAUGGGCGAUUUGAAGGGCAUCGCGGAAUGCACGCGGAACCUGCUGCGAUGCGACGCCGUGCGGAUGGGGAACCUGCUGCACGUGGACGCCAAGACCCGGCUCGACGACGGCUACCGCAAGUUUUUCGAGGGCAACCUCGAGGGAAAGGUCCGGCGGCGGACAGAAGUGGCCUCCGAGCAUGGUUCCGCGGCUGCCAGGGACAUCGGCGACUCGACAAACUGCUGGGCCUCCGAGCUCACCGACGGUGCCGUGACGAGAGUCUUCGGACGGCUGGGAGCCGAAGCCGCCCUGACGGCCGAUGAGCCCACGAAGCGUGCGCCAAGUACGGAGAUGACCUCACUGCCACCGGAACCGCAGGCCACGUGCCUGGUGAACCUGGUGUACCUGAACGGCCCCUGGGAGGAGGGCUUCAAGCGGGCCGGCGACCUGCCCUUCUACGCGCAGCCAGACCGCGCCCAGAUGGUGCCCAUGAUGACGCAGCACGGCGCCGAGAUGCCCUACGUGCGGCGGCCAUCUUUCUCGUGCCUGAGGCUGCCCUUCGCGUGCCGCUCGUCGCACAUGGCGCUCUUCGUGCCGGCGCUCAGGGCGGGAGGACUCGAGCAGGACCUGCUGCCGGCCAUCGGGCGCUGGGCCGACAUGCGCGCCGUACUCGACGGGCUCGCCUGGACCACCGACAUCACCAUCACGCUGCCCAAGGUGCUGCUCGAGUCGCCCACCAUGGACCUGCGCAAGUGCCUCAAGACGCUGGACCUUAGCCGGUCGUCGUCGACGUCGUCGUGCCCCCCGACAGGCGGCGCCACGGCGCCAAACGCCACGGCAGACCUGGGCGGGGUCGCCAAGCCGACGUCCAACGCCGCGGACGUCCCGGAGAACGUCGCAGCGAGCGGGGCGUCGCCGGAAGUCUCUUCCGGCGGCGCGAACGUCGACGACCUCCGGGUGGAGGGCCUGUACCACAAGGCGACGCUGGACCUGACCACGAGGGGCGGCAAGUCGCCUCCGGGUUUCUCCACGCUGCUCUCGCUCUGCUCCAACAUUCCGGCCAACGAACCGGUGCGGUUCAUCGUCGACCGCCCCUUCGUGUUCGCCGUGUUCAUGAACCACCUCCUGCUCAUGGUCGGCCUCGUCAGGAACGUCCAGUCCAAGAGAAAAGACGACGACGUCAAGGGGGCUUCGCUCGAGAAGUACUUCGCGUGACAACGCGGUGUUUUGGGUUUCCGUCGCAUCGACGUGUUGAUUGUUGGGGAGAAAGCGCGGAAGGGGCUCGUAUGGGGCGCUAUUAUACUGUCCCCGCGGUGUACAGACAACAUUUUUGGCCGAAAUGAUCAUUCAAUGAUUCUUAACUGCGUGUUCACUCGGGCUGGUUGGCAAACUUUCAACCGCAAAGCUUUACGGGACGCAGGAUCUGCCAAGAAGCUGAAUCCUCGCGAAGCACGGUCACACAGCAUCAAAUUAAAUGUUCCAGCAGCCUUCGCCACCUACACACAGUGAUUCAUUAAAUUAGAAGCGUCAUGCCUUAACAGCGCAGUAAUUCCCCAUUCCCAGGGGAAACUGCCUCCCGUAAACUUUUGCGGUUGGCUGUACAUUUUGUAAACAGCAGCUUUAAGGAGCACGACACAGAACAGCGCUCCGUCCCGUGGCUCUGUAGCUGUGUCCUGUACCCCGCAGUGUCAAGCUGCUGUGUACAAGAUGGUUCUUCUCGUAAGCACGACCGAGGUAAGACAAUUUAACACGCAUGCCGCGGUGGCGAAGGUAUUCCUCAAAUUACCACUAAAAUCCGCACAGUUUGCCGGGGAAUAUCCCUAUAGUUUCGCAUACUUGUGGUUGUUGUGACUGACAACAUCCGUUCCAAAUGCCAGACUUUACGAUUAGAGCUAGUUAGCACCAU